AUGCACACCCCAACAGUCCAACAAGACCAGUCCCUGGAGCAUCUUGACAUGCCCACCCCAAUAGUCCGACAAAACCAGUCCCUGGAGCAUCUUGACAUGCCAACCCCAACAGUCCAACAAGACCAGCCUCUGGAGCAUCUUGACAUGCCCACCCCAACAGUCCGACAAAACCAGUCCCUGGAGCAUCUUGACAUGCCCACCCCAACAGUCCAACAAGACCAGCCUCUGGAGCAUCUUGACAUGCCCACCCCAAUAGUCCGACAAAACCAGUCCCUGGAGCAUCUUGACAUGCCCACCCCAACAGUCCAACAAGACCAGUCCCUGGAGCAUCUUGACAUGCCCACCCCAACAGUCCGACAAAACCAGUCCCUGGAGCAUCUCCAAGAUGUGGAGAUGCUGCAGGGACUGGUCUUGUUGGACUGCCCAUCUCAAACCCCACCACAAUCCCCAUCACAAUCUCCAUCACAAUCCCCAUCACAAUCUCCAUCACAAGUUUCCACCACAUCAAUCCCAAUCACAAUCUCCAUCACAAUCCCCAUCACAAGCCCCUUCUCAAGCUCCAUCCCAAGCCCCAUCACAAUCCCCAUAACAAGACUUACCCCAAUCCCCAUCACAUUCCCCACCACAAGAAGGCCAAUCACAAGCCCCAUCACAAUCUCCAUCACAAGGCCCAUCACAAUUUCCGAUCACAAGGCCCAUCACAAGCCCCAUAACAAGUCUCCAUCACAAUCUCCAUCACAAUCUCCAUCACAAUCUCCCAUCACAAUCUAA